AUGUCUUCUGGAACGGCAACGGGGAUUCAGGGGGCAACCUUUGGAGACGGUGGAAAACAUCCGGUGUUUCAAGAGAAGUUCGUUGUGCCGCUGAUCGAAGGUCUUCGCGAAUUCACUGUUGUUGUUUGGAACAGCAAUAUCCUCACAUUCGAUGGUUUUAUAGGAACGGGAAAGGUUCAAUUGAACAAGGUUUUGUCUCAAGGUUUUGAUGAUUCUUCUUGGCCGCUUCAAACCAAAUCUGGCAGGCACGCAGGUGUUAUAGCUAUUGAUCUUGCCAAAGACAUGCUUCAAGUUCAUAGAAACGCUUAUGCUGUUGUUGUACCUGCAGAAAUGGGUUCCGGAAUAAUGGAAGUGUUACAGUGUUUGGCUUCGGUUGGUAUUGAAAAACUCUCAAUGCAGGCAAAUGAGUUAAUGCCACUGGAAGAUAUCACAGGGAAGACAAUGCAACAAGUUGCAUGGGAAGCUAUGCCGGCCUUAGAGGGAACCGAGAGGCCAUGUCAUUUGCGACAAGAUAUAGUAACAGGUCAAGAUACUACAUGUGUGCAAAGGGACUUGAAAGGGACACACAACAAAAACAGUAACUCUUACUUCACUCCCUUUCCUCAGUCUAUGCACAAGCACCUUGUUUACUAA